GCUCCAGUCCAGUCCCCCCAGUGUAUCUCGUAAUCUUCCCAUCUUCUGCUGUGUCCAUUCGAGAUUACACGGAUCACACACGUGGUUGCUUUCCCAUUCUUAACAUGUCAAAAGUGAAGAUUGGUAUCAUCGGUGGGUCCGGUUUCUAUUCAUUGGAUGCGUUGAUUGAUCCUGUUGAAAAGUCUGUGACUACUCCUUUCGGUGAACCUUCAGAUAAUCUCGUUUGCGGGAAAAUUUCUGGGGUUGACUGUGUUGUAUUAGCCAGACACAAUCGUAAACAUGGAAUAAUGCCCACCAAUAUCAAUUACCGAGCCAAUAUUUGGGCAUUGAAAGAAGAAGGAUGUACCCAUGUUAUUGUUUCAACUGCCUGUGGCUCCUUGCAGGAAGAAAUAGCUCCUGGUGAUCUUGUAAUUCUCGAUCAAUUCAUAGACAGAACUACUAAAAGAGCUCAAACAUUUUAUGAUGGAACAUGUGAAAAGCUGAGUGGUGUUUGUCAUUUGCCAGUAGAUGAACCCUUUUGUGGACUUACUCGCUCUUGCUUGAAACAAGCUGCAGAAGAAUCCAACAUACCUGUACACGCUACAGGUACUUGCAUCACUAUUGAAGGGCCAAGGUUCUCAUCCAAGGCAGAAAGCUUUCUAUUCAAAUCUUGGGGUGGUCAUGUAAUAAACAUGACAACUGUUCCAGAGUGUGUUUUGGCUAAAGAAGCUGGGCUUUGCUAUGCUGCCAUAGCUAUGGCUACUGAUUACGACUGUUGGCAUCCGCAUAAUGAAAAAGUCAAUGUAGAGCUUGCAUUGAAAACGUUCCGUGAAAAUGUUGGAAAAGUUACUCAACUUUUGUGUGCUGCAGUUCCAAUUAUUGCGAAAGUCGACUGGUCUGUUACUAUUCAGGAACUUAAGGAUUUCAAUCAAUUUUACCGGAGUACAGAUUCAACGAAGACUCUAAGAGCUUUCACGUGAACCCAAGCCGUGAAUCCCUCGCUAAAAUUCACCUUCAACCACCUCACCAAUGGGCCCUAUUAAAUGGUAUUUUAUUUUUAAAUGUGUGAUCUAUUUCAACUAAAUAAGUAUACGCACGAAUUGCUUCUUUUUAUCAGUAGCCAGCUUGGUAAUCUCGUUCUUUCCAGCGGCCAACUCUUCU